UCGCACGAAUCAGACAUAUAAGGAGGGACAGAAGGAUCGUAAAUUUCAGUCCCAUAUUCCGUGAAUUUGAAAUUUCCGAUUUCGUUACACCUGCAAUCAGAGCAAUCGACGAGAUGCGAUUCCUCCGACUCGUGUCCUUUUUACUUCUCCUUGGAGUUCUCGAUAAAGCGAAGGCUCGCACGAAACACAUCGUAGCUUUUCGGAAUGGUUUGAGAACAGGAUUCAAGGACUCAGUUUUUGUAACCAACGAGUGGCCCAUUGAAAAUGGUCAGCCCAUUGUUUGGUUGAAGAGUUUCGGUAGCGGCACGAUUUUUUUGACUGGCGAAGUUUCGAGCUAUAUGCAGGGUGAGUAUAGGAGUUUGGCCUCGAAAUUUGAUUGGUCGGACAAAGUAGACAUUUGCGGAACGUCCCAGGGAGGCUCUUGGGUGGAUGUGGCGCAAGAAUUGGUCAGGAAAUCCUUUUUGCCUGACGAAUCUUGUCCCGUCAAAGCGGGUAACUACACACUGCAAGAUCCAGUGAAACCAAUAGAGAUGCAUGUACUUGACGAGAUAGAUGAUUACUAUGAGUACAAAAUAAAUGCAGAAAUCGGAUAUUCGGAGUCCCAUCAAAUUUUGUCUGCGACGUAUUCGAUCCAAUUUACAGGAGAUUUUGAAUUGGAUUAGAAUUAAGAUUAUAGAAGAUCAAAAGUAAGGAAAAAUACCUCAAUCAAGAGUGUAGAAAGACUGCACAUUUUGCUUUUGCAGUUGAAAAACUUUUGCUUCCAUCCUUGGUGCCAAGACACUAGAUCGUGUCACUAGAUAUUUUGCUUUGGUUUUGUAAGAAUUACAUCGUUGAUAAAACUGUAAAGUAAUAAAAAUAAAAGAGUUCAAGCUUCUUUUGUAUUUUA